CAGGUGAAGUGCUUCUCCAAAAUUCAAAAUUUGGAACAAUUCUCGGAAGCAACCUUGGUAUUUGCGAAAUUCUGAGCAUGCGUGUGUUGCGCUUCACGACUCAUGUUUGACAAAAUGUCAGACAGAAAAAUAGUAUUUAUAACCUUUCUUUCCAAGGAAACAUAGACAGUGUGUUUGUAGUGCAGAAGGAUGAAGACUUGCUCUAUGGAUUUUAACAACAAAGAUUUGGACAUAAGUUUCUAUGUUUUCAAGCCAACUGUGGAAAUCGUUGACCAUCUUGUUCAUCGACUCCAACACUUUUCCUUACUCACUCAGAAUCUUGGUUGUGUGCAAAGCUCCAUAUUUAGGAGCAUACAUGGAAAUAUGGUCAUGUCCUGUAAUCAGAUCAUAUGGUAUGGAGCAUGGAAGAAACGGUCCAGUGAUGAAAAAGACAAGCUGAAUGAAAAUCUUCAAUCAAUGCUAGCCAAUAAUGUAACAGGAAUGGCAGUGUUAGUUGAACAUAAUUUCCUUGAUGCAUAUGCUGGAGAAUCAAGAGAUGGUUCUUUAACUGUAAAGUUCAGCACUGGUGACAUAAUCUCCAUGGACUCAGUAGUGACAACUACUAGGGACCUUAAUGACCUUUCCUAUGCAGCACUAGCAAUUUUUAGGUCUCGUUUUCCCAAAAUAGAUGGCAUAAUUUCUGGCCUUUGCAUGAAAGGCCAAAGCUUACCAUGUGUGGUAUGCAUUCAUGUGUGGCAGUCCCUACAAUUUUGUUACUCAUGGAUUCUCCACCCAGACCAUAGAAAGUGGAUGAUGCCAUAUCUUGAACGAUUCUCUACUAAAAUGAAGUAUGAUAUUUUUCGAGUAGUUUAUGUUAGUGGUGACAAUGUAAUGAAUCUUCCCUCUGAUUUUCCUCAUAGGAUGUUAGAAGAUGAAGAAGAGAACACACGACACCUGAUGCAACAAUGAGAACAACCUAUGUUGCAAGGAUUUGUAUAUUGUUGUAUCCUUUUAGGUAAAAUGAGUUCAAUCAUAUUGAAAACUUAACUAAACAUAACUGUUGAGCUCAUGUUUAAAUUGAUUUUGGAGUUAUACGACUUUUGUUUAUAAAUAUUAUUAUAAAAACAGUUAAUAAAACUCAAUAUAAAAUAUGUUAUGUAACACAUCCACCUUUUUCUACUAAGGGUGACCUGAAUAGAAGUUUAAGCCCAUCCACGUUACUCUGCAGCAUUCUUGUCGUGGAAGUUCCAAUGAUGGAGGUAAAUCCUGUCAUGAUCAUGACCAUUACCUAAAGAGGAAGAAGCGAAAAACUUCUUCUCAAGAGGGCAUUGAGAUAGUGGUGAUAUACUUAAAACAUUCAAAGGAAAACAAACAUAAAUUUUCUCCCAUCUUAAAUCUCGAGUAUACGGGACUGACUAGUUUGUGGAUUUAAUUGGUAUGAAUCUGAGUUUACAUCAAAGAACAUCAAUGAAAAGUUUUUUAAAUCCUUCAGCAUA